UGUCCAUACAAACUACGGGCUCAGUCCAAACCAAGAUGGCGGCCAAGCAAGUCAGUGGAAAACUACGAACUUAUAUUUCUGCUGGUAAAGCGACUCCUUCUCCUCCACUGGGCCCUGCACUAGGACAGAGAGGAAUCAAUAUUGCACAGUUCUGUAAAGAAUUCAAUGACAAAACCAAACAUAUCAAGCAAGGUGUUCCUAUACCUACAAUUAUUAAUUAUAAGGGAGAUCGGACAUUUACAUUUGAAACCAUGUCCCCAACAGUAUCAUAUUUCCUGAAAUCUGCAGCAGGAAUAGAAAAAGGAGCUCAAAAACCAGGAAGAGAAGUAGUUGGAAGCGUAACAGUCCAACAGAUUUACGAGAUUGCAAAGAUAAAGAAAGAAGACAAAAACUUCAGGAAUGUACCUCUUGAAAGUGUUUGCAAGACUAUCAUGGGCUCGGCUAAGAGUAUGGGAAUAGACAUUAUUAUUAGUAACUCAAAAAAUAGUGAAAAUGUUUAAGGUGUUGUAUAAAUGUACAGUGCUUGAUGAUUUGAUAACUGACUUUAUAAAACAUUGGCAAAAUGUUCGCAGUUGCCAGUCAAGUUAGGAGUAUUUUACAAAGGAUUUCCACUCAUUUGUUAGAAGUGUGGUUGAAGAGAAGGGGCGUUAUAUGAUUGACACCCCUAAUGGAGACUGAACUGAAGGAAACAAAUAGAGCUGGCAGAUUUAUUUUCUAAAGACAUUAAUGUGUACUGAACUCAUUGUUCACUUCUGACAGGUCAGUCAUGUGUGUGUUUGGAUGUGUUUUUUUUGGAGGGGGGAGGGGACAGUCAAAAAUGCCAUAAAUAGACACCAUAAACAAACAGUACUUAUCUUCAUAUGUAUGAUUUUUAUACGAAGAAAAUUAAUGUCAGAAGGAAAGAAAAAGAAAUAGGUGGUCAAAAAGGGAGUACUGAGAAGGAAAUCGUGGUGGAUGUGUUAAUGCAGGAAGACUAUUACGGUUUCAAAAACGUGUUUCAGAGCAGCACCUUAUUUAUCAGCAACAAAGACAAAAUGAUCACUCAAUAAAAGAAGCAUCAGUUCCAAAUCAU